AUGGGCCUCUUGCCACCUGGUUCAGAGGCAACUGUGGACGUCCCUUUUGAAAAAAUUGACCAAUUGAAGUUUGCAUAUGAUCACCUGCAACAACCCAUUAAGCUGUUCACUGGGGAUCAGUUGCCUGAUUGGCUAAUACUUGAUUUUGCUCCUCAUUGGGCGGUGGAGAUUGGCCAAGAGUAUGGUGUUCCACUUGUGUUCUUCUCUGUUUUCUCUGCUGCUACCAUGUCCAUUCUAGGCUCACCAGAACAUCUCUCUGGUGCUGAUAACAGAAACCAUGUUCUUCCAUCACAUCAGCAAGCCAAGUUUUUGGCCAUGCGCAGUUGCAAUGAGUUUGAAGGAGAAUAUUUAGAGGUGUGCCAGAAAAUCAAUGGCAAGCCUGUGAUUCCUACAGGUUUCCUUCCACCAGAGAAACCAUCUGCAAAAAGAGAAAUAAGUUCUGAUGAUGGGUCAUCAAACAAUGUGAUCUUUGACUGGCUUGAUAAACAAAAACCCAAGUCAGUUGUGUUUGUUGGGUUUGGAUCUGAGUGUAAGCUGAGCAAAGAACAGGUCUUUGAGAUUGCUCAUGGGCUUGAGCUAUCAGAGCUUCCAUUUCUCUGGGCACUUAGAAAACUCAACUGGGCUAACAGUGAAGCUGAUGCUUUGCCUCCUGGUUUUGUUGAGCGCACAUCAGAUAAAGGGCUUGUUUGCUUGGGAUGGGUGCCCCAGAUGGAAAUUUUGGGGCACCCAUCAGUUGGGGGGUCUCUGUUUCACUCUGGAUGGGGCUCUGUAAUUGAAACUCUGCAAAUUGGGCAUGUUCUUGUUGUUUUGCCAUUCAUUAUUGAUCAGCCUUUGAAUGCAAGGCUUCUGGUGGAGAAGGAUCUGGCUGUUGAAGUAAAACGCACAGAAGAUGGGUCGUUUUGCAAAGAUGAUAUAGCUAAAACACUGAGACAUGCAAUGGUGGCAGAGGAAGGAGAGAAGCUAAGAAACAAUGCAAGGAAAGCUGCCAAAGUUUUUGGAGAUCACAAGCUGCACCAAGAUGACCUUGGCCAAUUUGUCCAUUACCUUAAAAAUAAUGUCACAAGAAGGUCAUUUUAGAAGCUCAUUAUUAUUUUUAUCUAAUAAAUCUAGAAUGUUACCCAAAUUAGUUUCAGAUCAUAAGCGUUGUGGAGGUGGAUAUCUUCAUACUUUAAGAUUCUGGAACUUGGGUUAUUGCCAUUCUAGUAUUUUUAGAGCAUCUUGUGAUCUAAAUUCUGUCCAAAAAGUUUUAGGUUUCUGUUGCUCGUGAGUUCAUGCCUAUGUCUGAAAUAAUA